AUGGCCAGAGGAUCCGGCGCCGCAUCCUCGCCGGCCACUGCCACCACUCCGGCCUCGAAACCUCUGAAGCGCUCGACCGCCAGCACGCAGAAUAUGAAGAAUCAGACGUCCAUCCUGGGCUUCUUCCAGAAGUCCUCGCCGUCCACCCCGUCAGGGACGCGCAAUGCAACAGAGCCGGCUUCCUCGCCCGCACAGCGUGCUUCCGAACAGCGGGCGUCGUCCAAGAACGCCGAAAAAGUCUCCCAGAAUUUGACUCCGGCGCCGAGCAGUGAUGUGGUUGAACCAGAGGAUGAGGAGAAAAAGGAAAGUACUGAGAUUGCGGAUAAUAACGGUGUGCUUUCUCCCGCAACGUCCACUAACGGGACUGUCACUUUGCAGACCGAUGCCGAACAAAAGGAAAACGUCUCUGUCACCCCAUCACGAAGAGCCAAAAAGCCCGUGAACUACAUGGAGUCCGACAGCGAGGGCGAAGAUGACGAUGAGGAGAUCUUUCGCCCGACCCGCCGCAACAGAGCCACGAAGCGACGGAAAACAUCUGCGGAUAGUGAGGACGAAUUCCAGGCGGAUGAAGGGGAUGGCCAGGACUCGGACGAUGAUAUGGACAAUUUCAUUGUUCCCGACGAUUCGGAGGAGGAAGAGUCCCGACCAUCGAAGAAACGAAAGAGGGCCGCGAAAGGAGCGUCACGCAAACCUUCAGAUGAUCCCCAGCCGCCUUUGGAUGAUGAAGACCUCGAUCUAGAUAUUCCGGAGGCAUCGUCCGGUACCGCCCAGAAAUGGACAUACGAUCCAAACAAUCUAGAACCGCGAAAGGAGCGCAAGGCCAAUCCAGCCUCCAGUGGCUCCUCUGAGAACCGGAAGGAGAAACCCCAUGAGAGCGAGUCCGAGCAGCGGUACCCUUGGCUGGUCAACAUAAUGGACAAGGACAGGCACCCUCCUGAUCACCCCGACUAUGACCCGCGCACCCUCUACAUUCCGCCUUUGGCCUGGGCCAAGUUCUCUCCUUUCGAGAAGCAGUACUGGGAAAUUAAGCAGAAUUUCUGGGACACCAUCGUGUUCUUCAAGAAAGGAAAAUUCUACGAACUAUAUGAGAAUGAUGCCACCAUUGGUCAUCAGUUGUUUGACUUGAAGCUUACUGACCGGGUCAAUAUGCGUAUGGUGGGCGUACCGGAAAUGAGUCUCGACUACUGGGCGAGUCAGUUCGUCGCCAAAGGUUACAAGAUUGCCCGUGUUGACCAGUCCGAGUCGGCUCUGGGGAAGGAGAUGCGGGAGAGAGAUGACAAGAAGGGCGGCAAGAACGUCAAAGAAGAGAAGGUCAUCAAGCGAGAGUUGUCUUGUGUCCUCACCGCAGGGACUCUGGUUGACGGCUCGAUGCUCCAAGAUGACAUGUCCACGUAUUGUGUUGCGAUCAAAGAAGUCAUUGUUGACGGUUCACCGGCUUUUGGUAUCGCGUUUGUCGACACGGCUACCGGCCAAUUCUACCUGUCCGAGUUCGUUGACGACGCUGACAUGACCAAGUUCGAGACAUUCGUUGCUCAGACCCGGCCGCAGGAACUGCUCUUGGAGAAGUCGGCGGUUUCCCAAAAAGCCAUGCGCAUUCUCAAGAACAAUACUGGGCCGACCACGGUCUGGAAUCACCUCAAGCCGGGCAAGGAGUUCUGGGAAGCAGACAUCACACUGAGAGAGCUCGAUGCCAGCGAUUAUUUUGUCUCUGCAGACGGUGAUAACACGGAAACCUGGCCACAAGUGCUUCGGGAAGCCAGGAACAAGGAGUAUGUCAUGUCAGCUUUCGGGGCGCUGGUGCAGUAUCUCCGGGUCCUCAAACUGGACCGUGAUCUCAUCACGAUUGGCAACUUCACCUGGUAUGAUCCGAUCAGGAAGGCCACCAGCCUCGUGUUGGACGGCCAGACCCUGAUCAACCUCGAAAUUUUCGCCAACUCGUUCGAUGGUGGUUCCGAAGGCACGCUGUUCCAGCUUCUCAACCGUUGUAUCACACCGUUCGGAAAGCGGAUGUUCAAACAGUGGGUUUGCCAUCCCUUGAUGGACAUUAAGAAGAUAAAUGCCAGGCUGGACGCUGUCGAUGCUCUGAAUGCGGACAUCGCUGUCCGUGACCAGUUCGCUUCGCAGUUGACCAAGAUGCCGGAUCUUGAGCGGCUGAUCUCUCGAAUCCACGCCGGCAGCUGUAAGGCGCAGGACUUUGUGCGCGUGCUCGAGGGCUUCGAGCAGAUCGACUACACGAUGGGCCUGCUUAAGGAUCUCGGUUCCGGCGAGGGUGUCAUCGGGAAUCUCGUCUCUUCCAUGCCGGAUCUGAAAUCGCCGCUUGAGUACUGGAAGACCGCUUUUGACCGAACAAAGGCAAAGGAGAAUGGCAUCCUUGUUCCGGAGCCAGGCAUUGAGGAAGAUUUCGAUGCCUCGCAGGAGCGUAUUGAGGAGAUUCAUCGUGAAUUGGACAAUCUCUUGAAGAAAGUCCGACGGGAUCUCGGCUCCAAUGCCAUCUGCUACCGAGACAAUGGGAAGGAGAUCUACCAACUAGAGGUGCCGAUCAAGAUCAAGAACAUCCCCAAGAACUGGGACCAGAUGUCUGCGACGAAGCAGGCCAAACGCUAUUAUUUCCCCGAGCUGAGAACCCUCAUUCGCCAGCUUCAGGAGGCUCAGGAAAGACACAGUCAGAUCGUGAAGGAGGUCGCGGGACGAUUCUACGCUCGAUUUGACAAGGAUUACGAUACGUGGCUGGCGUCUGUCAAGAUCGUCGCACAGCUGGACUGUCUGAUCAGUCUGGCCAAAGCUUCGUCGUCACUUGGGCAGCCCAGCUGCCGGCCUGUUUUCGUCGACGAUGAACGGAGCGUCCUCGAGUUCGAGGAGCUGCGCCAUCCCUGCAUGCUUCAGCAUGUGGCGGACUUUAUCCCGAACGACGUGAAACUAGGUGGUGAGAACGCGAGCAUCAAUCUGUUGACCGGUGCCAACGCGGCCGGAAAAUCGACUAUUCUUCGAAUGACUUGUAUUGCUGUUAUCAUGGCUCAGAUUGGCUGCUAUCUCCCUUGCCAGUAUGCUCGGCUCACUCCGGUUGACCGGAUCAUGUCUCGUCUGGGAGCGAAUGACAACAUCUUCGCCGCGCAGUCGACUUUCUUUGUCGAGCUGUCGGAGACGAAGAAGAUCCUAUCGGAGGCGACGCCGCGUUCAUUGGUGAUUCUGGACGAGCUGGGUCGUGGUACGAGUUCGUACGACGGUGUGGCUGUCGCCCAGGCCGUGCUGCAUCACAUCGCAACCCACAUUGGGGCUUUGGGCUUCUUCGCGACGCACUAUCACUCUCUUGCAGCAGAGUUCGAAGGACAUCCGGAGAUCGCACCGAAGCGGAUGCGAAUUCAUGUCGAUGACGAGGAGCGACGCAUUACCUUCCUGUAUAAACUCGAAGACGGCGUGGCGGAGGGCAGCUUUGGCAUGCACUGCGCGUCCAUGUGCGGGAUCCCGAACAAGGUGGUCGAGAACGCCGAAGUGGCAGCGAAGCAGUGGGAGCACACGAGCCGGCUGACCGAGAGCCUGGAGCGUCGCAAGGGCGGCGGUCUUGUCGGUCUGGGCUGGUGGAGCGACGUCGCCUGGCUGCUGCGUGACGACGCGGAGGUAUCGGAGCGAGGAUUGGAGGUCCUUCGCAAAGCGAUCGAAGCGAUGUAG